UUACUCGUCGUUUGUUGAUCAACCACAGGUAUUGGGUAUCUUUCGGAGAGAGAAGGGGAGGAACCAUCAAUCAUCCUCCUUAUCAUGUACAAAAUCUACCGCUAAAAAUUUCUUCAAUGCUGCAAGUGUUCAGGAUGUCUACUUCCCAUAGAAAUUUUCUGGUGUUUGCUGUAGUACAAGAGAGGGGACAUGGAUCCAUGUACGAUUCAAAAUAUUUCCAGUCUUUUAGUCGUUGACUUAUCUGUUCACAUUGAAUAACAGGAGUACAGAUGUUGUUUAACAGUUUCUGGUAUCUAAGUUUUUCUUCUUCAGUAUCACAUAAAAAUAAAAUAAUGCAAGCAGAAUAUCAAGACCUAAAUGGUACUAGAGCUUCUGAUAUGUCAGAGCUCAAUGUAAUGGACUUUGUUGAAACAGAGUACAAAUCUGAUGUUGAAGAUAUAUUAUUAGACAAAAAACCAAGGCGAAAAGGCCAAAGGAAAUCAAAAUUAUCCACACAGUAUGAAUUUGAUAAUUAUGAUGAUGGCUCCAAAGUAUCCAAUUACCCAAGAAAGUCAAGAAAGUGCCUUCAGAGAAAAAGGAGAAGAAGUUCAAUGAAAUCCAAAUCUGUUCAUGACUCGGUUAACAGUGAUAACCAUUUAUAUCCAUACGCUACAUUAAUGAAAGUGCUUUGUAAUGAAGUUGGGGAAAAGAAUGUAAUUAAGGAGCCAAGAACAGGAAAACUCUUCAAACAGCUUAGCCAUGCUAAUUUAUGCUAUCCUUAUGCCACUUUCUUACAAGAGCUGCAUGAAAUUGCAAAUAAAGGUUUUGGAAGCAUUUCACCAAGUGUUGAGAAUGAUUUUGUAGACCCCUCAGAGAGUGAAAUCUCCCAGGUGAUGAAGAGUUUCAGAUUCAAAUCCAGUACUCUAAGACUAGGUGUUUCUAGUCAGUCUGAAGAUGGGAAAGAUGACUUUAAAAGGACAUUUAGCACACUUCUUCUUGAUUUAGUUAACGAGCAUAAAUUACAAGAUCAGUCACAUAAAGAUGAUAGAACAGUAUUUGGAGUAGGGAAAAUUUUGAAAAUGUGUAUGUUUGAUGUACCAGGAACCAAGCCAGCUGAAGAACUGAGUUUUUCUGCUUUGCUUCAGGGGCUAUCAUUGUUAGCAGAAAGAGAAAAUACUUGUGACAGUGAGAGUGAAAGUGUAAGUCAAGUGUUGGAAGAAUCGUCAGAGUCUUCAUUAGAAGAGGAGGAGGAAGAAUGGAGACCAUCGUUUUGCAGAGAACUUGAUGGCAUUCCUGAUGUGCAAAGAGAGCAUAAAAAAAAAUCCUUAAGAAGAAAAAAACCAGUAUCCAGAUUUGAUCCAACUCCGGGAAAGUGUCAGUCAUCUAGAGUGAAGAGCAAACAACAUAUGCAAUCCAGUUCUAGUUCUCAGUCACUUUUGCAGUUAAUAUUGAAUAAGGGCAAUGAGGAUACAGUACAGAAAGUUAGGAACAAGAAGGCAAAGGAAUCACUGCUUCGCUCAGAAGUUUUAGAGAAAAUCAAAGACAAGAUUAACAGCCGUAAAGGUUUCACCGACACAAGUACUGAUUCUAAUGAGAAUAUAAAAGAGGAGUUUGGAAAUGAGGAAAGUCUUUCAGAGGGGAGCCUAGAAGAGCAAAGAAAUUUCUAUGGGGCAAUAGCUGCUAGAAAAAGAGAAAGAUCACUUUUGAAGGAAUAUCUUCUAAAACCUACAGAUGAAGAAAUGACUUCUAAGAGUUAUGCUGAUACUAUACCCAUAAUGUCUGGAAAUAGUUUCGUGUUUAGCAAAUUAUUGCAGAACUUUCAGAUGGGAUCAGAUAAGCACUUAAUGGAUAGUUACCAUGAAAAUCUUGAAGACAGUUUCAGUAGCAGCAUACUAAGAAAGAUGCUCAUUGAAAAAGGUAAACCUUUACCAAACUCCACGAGUGAUGAUGAAUUGCACGAUGUUGAAAAUGUCAAGCCUAUUGAGCACAUAGAUCUCAAUUCAUUGCAGUCCUUUUUAUGUGAGAAUAAUUCUGAAGAGGAAUUUCCUUCAUGUGCUAUGAGGCAGGAAUUUGAAAAUAAAAAUGAUAUCAUAGGUGAAAAGUUAAGAGAACGGAUUUCGCAGGCUCUCGAAGGAUCUGACUCAAAUUUAAGAAAUCAUAUUCAAAAGGAAGAUAAGAGUAAUAAUGAUAUUGCCAACUGUCUGGAUUUAUCAGUGUUAGAAAGCUGCUCCUCCACUGACCCUACAGAUUUGAAUCCUGUGUGUAAGAUAAAAUGUGAAGUAAAGUGUGAAGAAGAAUUCAUCGAUGGGGUCCGUGAGUGUGAUAUUUGCCAUAUUGAGUUCUCGUCAAGUGUGGAUUAUAAUAACCAUGAAAUGCUCUUCCACUGUAGAAAGGAAGCAGAGCCCCAGAGUAGUGGACCAACAUGUGCUCUUCCACAUGGAAGUGAUAUUUUACAGGCAGGUCUAUUCCAAGAAAAAUUGCCUGCCUAAUGUUUGGGCUUAUAUAUUUGUAUUAGGCUUCCCACCUAAUGAGAUGCUGUAAUCUUAAUGUAAAUAGUGCACUGUGCAAUAUGUACAAAUAAUAUAUUGAAAUCUAUUUAUGUUAUUUUAGUAUUCAUAGAUUUAUAUGAAAUAGAGAAUGCCUUAUUGAAAAUUUGUUAGUAACUCGAGAUUUUACAGUAUUUUAAAACUUUUUAUGUUUAGUAGUUUGUAUUUGAUGUCAAGAAGUCCGUCCAGUAAACACAUAAUUGUGGAAAUAGCGCAAUCAGAUUAUUGUGUAGAGCUGCCCAUAGUUCAAGAGUAAUAUGAAACAAAUGUUUGUGUUGUACAUUAGCAUUAUUGGUCUGUUUUAGUUUCCCAAUAAUCAGAUGAUGAUGCUUUGAAAACUCUUAAUUGAUUAUUGCCUUGAAAGCAGUGUAAUUUACAUUUCCGUGAGGACUUCACAUACAGUAUAUCCUGUCUGUCAUAGACACAUCGAAGAAUGGUAUUAUGGUUCAGUUUUUGCUAGUCCCUAAUGACAUACCAUGUUGUGGUUUGUGAUAAUUUGUUGGCAUCUGUUUGAAAUUAUGCCCUAGGAUGUACCAGAAUUGUUUAAGGCGAUAUGGCCAUGCAACUGCAUUAGCAUUAAUUGUCAUACCUUGGGUAUUUUAGAAUGGUAAUCAUAGCAUUUCCCUUGUUGAGAAUACAUUGCAAAUGAAAAAUAUACAUUCCAUCUUGUUCUUUUACCAAAACAGACAAAGUCAUUGUGUUAUUGCUGAUUGCUGUAUUAAUAAGCAGUGCCUGAAAAGGAUUGUAGGAAGAUGGUGCUCAUUAAAGUUUUGUUUCAUUAUCA